GAUUAAAUUGACAGAAACGUCAAACUGACUUUUAUUACACGUGUAAAUAAAAAUGAGUUAACCUAUAAAAAUUCGUAUAAACUAGUGGACUCUUCGAUAAGAGAAAUAUAAAAUAUAGCGAAUACGCCCGAUUCUAUCCUUUUCUCGUCGGCUUUCAACAGAAAACCCAGGACUUUAUCUUGUAUUCAAAAUUUCUAUUCAUAAAUUAUUACCAAUGUAAAGAUUUGUAUAUAAUUAGACACGUUUCCUAUUACUAACACCAUACAGAUAUUUCAUCAUAUCCAGGUAAUACACCUUUUGUCGUCAAUCUUUCCAAAGUGUUUUAAAAAAUGUCAAAACGAGUGCAGCCUUCUUGGAGUCCUCCGAAAUCAGAAAAUCAACCUGUAUUAAAAGUUUACAAUAGUUUAACAAGACAAAAAGAAGUAUUUACACCCGUGUCUGCAAAGAGAAUUAACUGGUACAGUUGCGGCCCUACUGUAUAUGAUGCUUCUCAUAUGGGCCAUGCGAGGUCUUAUAUUACUUUUGAUAUAUUAAGAAGAAUAUUAUCUAAUUAUUUUGGAUAUGAUGUUUUUUAUGCAAUGAAUAUAACAGAUAUUGAUGAUAAAAUUAUAAAACGGGCUAGACAAAAUUAUUUAUUUGAUAAGUAUGCCUCAGAAAAUCUUUCUCUAGAGACUGUAAUAUCAGAUGCAAAGCAAGUAUUAGACAAUGUAUCCACCAAAGUUAAAAAUACUACAGACCCCGAUAAAAAGCAAAUGCUUGAGAACACAUUAUCAAGAUUAAUUACAUCUGUUGAACAACUGGAACUGGCAGUUAAAAGUGGGGAUUCACUCAAACUAAAUGAUAGCAAAAAACAAUUUAUUCAAGACUGCAAAGAUCCUUUAUCAGAUUGGCUGGACCAAAGAUUAGGUUCAACUGUAACUGAUAAUGCUAUAUUUACUUCUCUGCCCAGAUAUUGGGAGGACGCAUUUUAUAAUGAUAUGGAUGCAUUAAAUGUACUGAGGCCUAAUGUUGUAACAAGAGUUAGUGAAUACAUUCCAGAAAUUAUAGACUAUAUUAAACAAAUUAUCAGCAAUGGUUUUGCUUAUGAAGCAAAUGGUUCUGUGUAUUUUGAUGUAGGAUCUUUUGAUAAAAGUGACAAACAUCAUUAUGCCAGACUGGUUCCUGAAGCUUAUGGUGAUACAAACAGUUUGCAAGAAGGAGAAGGUGAUUUAACCACUGCUGAACAGAGAAGUGAAAAACGCUCUCCUAAUGACUUUGCCUUGUGGAAGAAAAGUAAACCAGGUGAACCAUUUUGGGAAUCAGAUUGGGGCUUUGGUAGACCAGGAUGGCAUAUAGAAUGCUCUGCAAUGGCAUCUGAUAUUUUUGGAGAAACAUUGGAUAUACACACGGGUGGUGUUGAUCUAAAAUUCCCUCAUCAUGAUAAUGAAAUUGCACAAAGUGAGGCAUAUUUCGGAAGCCCCGAAUGGGUAAAAUACUUCCUUCAUUCUGGUCAUUUAACGAUUGCCGGUUGCAAAAUGUCCAAGUCCUUAAAAAAUUUCGUUACAAUCCAAGAUGCGCUGUCAAAAUAUACCUCUAGACAACUUAGAUUUGCUUUUCUUCUUCAUUCUUGGAGGGAUACGUUGGACUACAGUCAAAAUACUAUGGAAAUUGCUCUGAGCUAUGAAAAAUUAUUUAAUGAAUUCUUUUUGAAUGUGAAAGAUGCGACUAGAUCGUGCUCAGCAGUCACAACAGUAAAAACUUUUUCAAAGUGGAGUGAAAAGGAAAGAUUGCUCAAUGAUAAACUUAUUAAAACGAAAACUGAUGUUCAUGCAGCCCUUUGUGAUAAUUUUGAUACCAGAAGUGCCCUUGAUGCUUUAAGGGAACUCGUGACAACUGGAAAUAUUUACCUUAGAGAGAGAAAACCUCCAAAUUCUUUACUUUUAACUGAUGUAGGAAUAUAUGUUACGAGUAUUUUGAAAAUUUUUGGAACCAUUACCGAAGCUGAUUGUGUAGGAUUCCCUACAUCAACUGGAAAAUCGGAUAACAUUGAAAGUGUGAUAUUACCGUACUUAAGUAUUUUAGCAGAAUUCAGGGACAAAGUUAGGACGAGCGCGAGGACUCUGAAAGCCACCGAGAUUCUCAAACAGUGUGACGAUUUGAGAGACGAAAUUUUACCAAAUGUUGGCGUUAGAUUGGAAGAUAGAGAAGGUGAAGCUACUGCCUUAAAAUUGGUUGACAAAGACACUCUAUUGAAAGAAAAAGAGGCGAGGAAGAAGAUGGAACAAGAAAAGGCUGCAGAAAAAGAGAGGAAAAAGGCGGAAUUGGCUGCAGCUGCUGCAGCUAAAGAAGAAUUGAAAAAGAUGCCUCCUAGCGAACUGUUUCGGAAAGAAACUGACAAAUAUUCGAAAUUUGAUGACAAUGGUUUUCCAACACAUGAUGUGGAAGGCAAAGAAGUCAGUAAAGGACAAUUAAAAAAGUUGCAAAAACUGUAUCAAGCUCAAGAAAAAAAGUAUCAAGAAUAUUUAGCUUCACAAGCAUCUUCUUGAACGUGGCAAUUUUAAUGGGUUGGUUGAGUAAAUUCUGAACAUAAUCUUGGGAAGCACUUCUAAAGAUAGCUUAACAGACUAUUUUUCCGUGCCAGUAUUGUAUUUAUUGCCUUUACUGCUAAAUGAACAAUUGAUUAACAUAUUUAUUUAUUAUUUAUAAUCAAAAAUGUUUCUUUAAUCAGUUAUUUAUUACUUUUCUUACAAGCAAACAAUUAUAAUAAUUUUUUUCAUACUGUUAUUUUUCGAUUCGGGAUGAAUUUGUAGUUAUUAAUAUUUUAUUGGUUGAACAUAAGAGUUCUUUUAUUUUUUGUAAAUAUGUAGCUUAUUUAAAUUAGCUUAAUUUUAAUCAGUUAACCGAAUAAAAAUGAUUGCUUAAAAAAUUGUUUCAAUAAACAUUAGUGUGGUAUUUUUGAUAUAGCUGCCAAAUGAAAAGUUAUGCAAACAGUUGCAGUUAAAGGUGGGGCUAUUCUUAUAAAAGCAGUAAGUAUUAAAUAUAGACCAGUACCUUUGAGCAAAUCUAGG